AUGAUCCGGCAGCCGCAGGGUAAGGAGGCCGAGGCCAACCAUGCUGCCGCCGCACCGGUCAUCAUCGCCUGCGACUGUUGUGACGGAAAAGUGGUGCGUCUGUGUGUGUGGAAGAACCACGAAUGCUGGAAAAGUGGUUGUGGUGGGAACAUCGACGGCAACGACGACGGCGACAGUGGUGACGGCGGCGACAGCAACAGCAGCGUGAUGUGGCGAUCCCUGGUGGCCAGAGGAACAUCGACCAGCGGAGGCAAAGAGGAGGAGCUGCGGAGAGGCGUGGAGCUGCGGGGAGUCAUGGAGGAGCGCGUGAAAAGCAAAGAGCACGAAAAGGCAACGGAAGCGAAGGCAAUUAAAACUGCAAUACCUGUACAUUCCCCCCAGAGAAGCACCAGAAACAAUGCGUUGCUGGAGGCUGCCGGACCAAGCCAUGUGGCCAUCAAUGCCAUCUCGGCCAACAUGGACUCCUCCAGCAGCCGCACGGCGGCUCUUAAGAAGCAGCCCAGCCACAUGGAGGCCGCUCACUUUGGAGACCUUGGUCGAUCCUGUCUGGACUAUCAGGCUCAAGAGACCAAAUUCAGCCUUUCAAAGACAUUAGAACAAGUCCUUCGGGACAGUGUUGCCCUUCCAUAUUUUAUCCAAUUCAUGGAACUGCGUCGAAUGGAACAUCUGGUCCGAUUCUGGCUGGAGGCUGAGAGUUUCCACUCGACCACGUGGUCCCGCAUAAGAGCACACAGCCUGAACACUGUCAAACAUAGCUCAUUGGCCGAGCCGGUUUCCCCUUCCGUCAAACAGCACGAAAACACAGCGUCUUCUCCCUCCAAGUUGCUUGACGAACGGCUGGAGGAUUCAGGCUCAGAUGGGCCUUUCUCCGUCACGCCCUCCGCAGCCAAACUGAACGGCCGAACGUGCAGCCUUCGGGACCGUUUGCUGCUUUGCCCAGAAGGCGGCAAACCCCGUCUCGGGUUUGGAACGUCUGAGGCAGAGGGCUGUCCCGUUCCAGAUGAACCUCACGACUCUUCCAAAGCCUCUGUGCCCAAUAGAAACAGCCCCUCCUUUGCACUCAAGGACCUGUCAGGAAAACUUAUGAAAGGUAUAGAGCAGGAUGCAGUUACUAUUUUUACCAAAUAUAUUUCUCCAGAUGCUGCUAAACCAAUACCGAUUACAGAGAUGAUGAGGAGCGACAUUGUGGCAAAGAUUUGUGGGGAAGACGGACAGGUGGACCCCAACUGCUUCGUCAUGGCACAGUUGAUAGUGUUUAAUGCUAUGGAACAAGACACCUUUUGGUAAUUUUGUGAAUUUCUGCGCUGCCACCAUUUCUGUAAAUACCAGAUCGAGGUGCUGACCAGCGGGACCGUUUACCUGGCGGAUAUCCUCUUCUGUGAAUCAGCGCUCUUCUACUUCUCUGAGUACAUGGAGAAGGAAGAUGCAGUCAAUAUCUUGCAGUUCUGGCUGGCGGCGGAUAACUUCCAGUCUCAGCUGGCUGCCAAGAAGGGCCAGUACGAUGGGCAAGAGGCACAGAACGACGCCAUGAUUUUAUACGAUAGAUACUUCUCCCUCCAGGCCACCCACCCCCUUGGUUUCGAUGACUCCGUACGACUGGAAAUAGAAUCCAAUAUCUGCAGGGAAGGCGGGCCUCUCCCCAACUGCUUCACCACUCCAUUGCGGCAAGCCUGGACAACCAUGGAGAAGGUGUUCCUGCCCGGCUUCCUGUCCAGCAACCUUUACUACAAAUACUUGAAUGACCUCAUCAACUCGGUCCGAGACGAGUCUGCAGGCGGAGGCAUCGCACCAGCUGCUCAUGGCCCCGGCAGCACCCCAUACAGUGACUCUCACUCCGGUUCCAUGGACAGCACUUCUUCUUCUUCCCAGCCCAAUCUCAAAACGGCUAACAUAAAAAUCCUGAAAAACUUUGAUGAAGCAAUAAUUGUAGACGCGGCAAGCCUGGAUCCGGAGUCCUUGUAUCAACGGACCUACGCCGGGAAGAUGUCCUUUGGGCGAGUCAGCAACCUGGGCCAGUUCAUCAGAGAGUCCGAACCGGAGCCCAACGUCAAGAAGUCCAAAGGGUCCAUGUUUUCACAAGCGAUGAAGAAAUGGGUGCAAGGAAACACGGACGAGGCCCAAGAAGAGAUGGCCUGGAGAAUAGCAAAGAUGAUCGUCAACGACGUCAUGCAGCAGGCCCGCCCCGGCCCGGCCGUGGAACAGGUCACCAAGCUAUGAUGAUCUUCAGAAUCCCCAAGCGAGAGGGAAAUGUCUACUUCUGGCGAGGUGGGCUUGUGUUUCUCACCCAC